AUGGAUCAUCUCUUCUGGAGAGUCUCUCCACCGAUGGAGGACCAUCAAUUUGCAUGGAUACUUUGGUAUAUUUGGAAAGGAAGGAACAAUAAAGUGUUCAGUAAUAUGGACAUGGAUCCAAGAGACACGCUCAAAUUGGCAGAAACAGAGUCGACACUUUGGGCUGAUGCACAUGUAUUGACCGAGACCAGGAUAGGGUCCCAUGCUGAGGUUACGACUCUUCCAUCAAUUCUGGGGAGAUGGUGUUUUACAGAUGGUUCUUGGAAGGAGAAUGAAGUUUUCUCUGGGCAAGGUUGGCUAAGUACUUUAGAAGGCUUUGAUGGGUUGUUAGGAGCAAGGAAUGUCCGAGCUUGUCUAUCCCCUCUACAUGCGGAGAUAGAAGCACUACUUUGGGCAAUGGAAUAUAAGCAAAAGAAAGAAGAUUUGAACCUUAAAAGCUCGAGAUCGUACGAGUGUGGUGAACCGAUGCCGAGGGAAGUAGCAAGCAUGAGGAAGAUCAAGGAGUGUGUGCGGUUCCUAUAG